CUUUGCAUCGUAAGGUUUAUUGAAUACGCAGGUAAGAUAUGUUAAUUUUCAAUAUUACCUAUAUUUACCUUAUGUAUUAGGCUACUCAUAAAUACCAUGUUUGUUUAUAUUUAUCUUAAACUUAAUGCCAAUAAAAUUUACCUACUCUAUUACGGCCGCUCGGGGCAAGAUGACGUGGGGCAAGAUGGCGUGUUCGUCAUCUUGCCCCGGUUAAUUUUACUGGUGCAAAGCUGAAACUUUUAAGAAGUAUGGUUAUGCAUACAAUUUUGAUUUAAGUAAACUAAUAACUGACGACACUGUGAGACUUAACCACUUAUUUAAAAAAAAUUUAAUCUACACUUUUGUUUAACAAUUUUACUUUAGAAUUGAAUUUUUAUUAAUUUAAUAUGCGGGUACAGAUUUUUAGUUUUACUUUGGUUCCAGAGAUGGUGAGAAACUACAAAAAGACUUCCUCUAGAGGAGAGUGGGAAAAAACCAACAUGGAUACUGCUUUCACAGAGGUCAAGGAGGGAAGAAUGACUUGCUUGGGAGCAGCGAGAACUUACAAUGUUCCAGAGGCAACACUUCGACGCCGACUGAAAAAGAACGUUUCGGAUAUGCCUGUCCAUGGAGGAAGAUAUAGAGAAGUAUUCAAUGAAGAGCAGCUCCAAGAUUUACACAACUAUUUGACGGUAAUGGACCAAAUGUUUUUUGGAAUGACCAAGUUGCAGUGCAGAAAACUCGUUUUUGAAUACGCAGAACACUUAGGGAUUUCUCAUCCGUUUAAUAAAGAAACUAAAAUGGCUGGUGAGGAUUGGCUGGCUACCUUUAUGAAAAAACACAACUUUAGUAUGCGUAAGCCAGAAGCAACAUCUGUUGCAAGAGCAAUGGGUUUCAACAAACCUAGUGUUGAUAAAUUUUUCUCCAUUUUGAAGGAAGUGCGAGAAAAACACAAUUUUCCCGCUGCUAAUAUCUACAAUGCAGAUGAAUCAGGACUAUCUACUGUGCCCAAUAAAUUACCUAAGGUAAUUUCACCAAAAGGAAGUAGAAGAGUUUCUAAAGUUGUGUCUGGGGAGAGAGGCAGGAACGUCACUAUUAUUUGUUGCAUCAAUGCUACGGGAACUUACCUACCCCCUUUUUUGGUAUUUGCCAGAAAGCGAAUGCGACCUGAACUCAUGGAAAGAGCUCCACCAGGUAGUGUGGGCCACUGCAGCGAUAAUGGCUGGAGCAACGGAGAGUUGUUCGUAAAGUUUUUGAACCACUUUAUCCUCAAUGCAAAACCCACAGUUGAUUCUCCUAUCCUGCUACUUGUCGAUAAUCACAGAACCCACAUAACCCUAGAGGCAAUCAACUUAUGCAGAGAUAACCAUAUUGUUAUGGUUGGAUUUCCUCCUCAUACAACACACCGUCUUCAGCCCUUGGACGUUUCAUUCUUUGGUUCGCUGAAAACCUUUUACAGUCAAGCUUGUGACAACUUCAUGGUCAAUAAUCCAGGACAGACCAUCAGUGACUUUAAAAAUUGGUCCACAGGAAUAGAACCUUAUAAUCCACUUGUAUUCGACGAACAUGACUUUGCUGCAUCACAAACAACUGAUCAGAACCUGGAUGUAGGCCUAGACCCUAGCUAUAAUGAAGAUGAAAAUCCUACUAUCCAAUCAACAACAUCAAAUACAACAGAAACUCCAGGUGAACCUGAAGAAGAAACCAUUGAGCUGAGUGAACGCCAAGAAACAGUAGGCCUAGUAGACUGUGCCCCAAUCCCGGCAGUGAAGUUAGAUGUCCUGGGUGUGAAGAAAAAUACUCCGAUCCUCCAGUUGAAGAGUGGAUCCAGUGUUCCAAGUGCAGUGAAUGGUGGCACGAGAAUUGUACAAGCUACGAAGAACUGUGGCGUCAACGAUUCGUAUAAUUUUGUUGCUAUUGUCAACAAUCGCAAAGUCCUGCCGGCAGCUGGCCACAUCACUCAAGAUAUCCACGCUAGGCAGCAGCUCCAGGCUUAUCUCCGUCCGACAACCAACGAUCUCCGACGACAGAAUGUCUGUCCUUUGCCGGACCAUCCAUCAUCUCCGGCAACGUCCCGUCACGGAGCACUGCCGCCUGGCCGUCGCUCACCUGGAGCUCCAGACCCUCCACCUGAUCCUCCGUCGCCUGGGGUGCCACCUGGCUCUCCUGCCGAGCUUCCUGACCACCUCACAGCCUGGCAGCGUCAGUGGCUGCCCCGAUUCAUCCCUGGGACCCCAUGGGAUGAGUUCAUCGUGGCUCUGGAUGAGAUGACGGCCUCAUUCUCGACGGCACCGCAGCCCGCAAAUCCACCUAGGCUUCCUCGUCGCCGUGCUGCUGCUGCACCGCGUGACAACCGCCGGGACGUCAGGGAGGCCGCCAGGCUCCAGCGCCUCUACCGACGGGCUCCUCGGAAGGCGAUGAGGGAAGUUUUAGGCUCCUCAUCGCCAUUUUGUUCCAUCCCUGAGGAGACCAUUAAGCGACACUUUGAGGCUUCUUAUACCUUCCGUCUCUUCAAGAGACGGAUAUGCCGGUGUCCCCCCGCCGAAUUGCCUGGUCCCUCCCGCUCUGCACCCCCCGCCACUGCUUGA